GGACUCCAAUCGGCAGGCCAUGUCCCAACCCAUGCAGCAAAUACAGCCCCCUCCAUACCUCCCCUCCCAGGACCCUAACACGGGCCAACAACACUCCAACAUGCAGCACCUCAACAUGCAGCACCUCAACAUGCAGCACCUCAACAUGCAGCACCCCAACAUGCAGCACCCCAACAUGCAGCACCCCAACAUGGGCCCUCCGCCCAGCUGUGGCCCCCAGCCCAACUACCCCCCUCCACCCCCGCCCCCUGGCUCCGAUGGCUACCAGGAGACCCAGUUCCACAAUGGCUCCUAUGGACACCCAGGGGCCCCACAGGGCUACACAGUCCAGACCCAGGGCCCGGGAGGGGGGGUCCCACACGCCCCUGUAGGGUAUUUUCAACCAGGAUACCCUCUCCAGCUGCAGCCCUGCACAGCCUAUGUUCCUGUCUACCCCAUGGCGUCGGGACAGCCCUACCAGGGGAUGCCCCAGGGUCAGAUGGGCAUGCAGAUGCCCCAUGGCAUCGCCCUGAUGGAGCCCCGGCGCCCGCCUCACGACUACCUGCCAAUCGCUGUGCUCACCACCGUCUGCUGCUUCUGGCCCACAGGAAUCAUAGCCAUCAUCAAGGCAGUACAGGUGCGUACAGCAGUGGCCAGGGGUGACAUGGUGACGGCAGAGAUAGCGUCCCGCGAAGCGCGUAACUUCUCCUUCAUCAGCCUGGCGGUGGGCAUUGCCUCCAUCGUCCUGUGUACCAUCCUCACCGUGGUAGUCAUCAUCGCCUCCCAACACCAUGACGAUGACUGGGAACCCUAAUACAUAACGCAGUGUGGCAUCAUGGGAUAUGUAGUUUUGGGUGGAGAUUGAAGAAUAAGAGCACCGGAAUUCACUCUCUGAAACUGGUAUGUUAUAUUGGGGGGGUGUAUAUAUGUGUGUGUGUGUGUAUAUAUAUGCACCCUGUGUACUGUAUAUACAGUACUGACCUGACCUACUGACUACUAACGGGUUGAGAACCAAUCACACUUAUAUUCAAUUGCCAAAACAAAUAGGUACACAUUAUUUGCCAGUAUUACUUACCAUUUACACUCGGAUAUAAUAACGCUCCAUAGCACUUAUGGGGGAAACAGAGUACA